AGCCAUGCCUAACCCACUGGAGAAAGUGGUUGCACAGAAGAAGGAGGCCAUCGAGGCUGUAAUGGAGCUGUUCGAGAGAGGAGCUGAGGUCUUGGCUAGCACGGUCGGGGAGAUAUUUCCCCUGUGUGAAGCUGCUGCUCCGGUCCUGAAGCUAGCUUUGGACAACGUUGAAAGUAAGGAGGUGUUCUAUGUCAAGGAGCAGUUCCUAGUCGUGAGGAAUAGGCUUGACGUGAUCUCGUCCCAGCUCGAAGACAUCAACCGUGAGAUACAGAAGGGACGUGUCGAUUCUCAAUACUUUUCCAUCGAGGAGAACCUACGCAACCAGUUCCGCAAAUAUCUCGACAUCUUGGAAGCCAAGCCCCAGUUUCGGGAGGUCAAAAUGCGUUUGUUCUUGGAUCAUUUUAGCAAGACGGGAGGUGAGAGGAACCUCUUUGUGCUGUACGAUGCCUUGAUGGGCACGAACACUUUCGGGGAGUCCAUCCUGGAGGUGGUGGAAAAAUAUGAGGCUAGGAACAGAAGGGUCCUAGAAGAUUUCUGUGUCCGGAUGAAGGAACUCUUCUGCCUGGGGUUGAUUGCCUUGCUAGGUCAUUGUGCCCUCACUCAAGGGGAAGAUAUUGAGCAGGAGAAGAUCUCUGAAUGGAGCGAGAGAAUCCAUGAGGUCGAGACCAAGAUGAAGGCAGUCAUUGAAGAAUGUGUGAAGUCAUUUGCAGAGCAGGCAUGUCUGGACAUCCAGAGACUGGUCCAAGAGAAAGAGGGAGGGAGUCUCCAAGACACAGCCCAGGAGCUGCUCAGUUUCCUGGCGAGGAAGUACGAUUGGGUCAAGUGGUCUGUCCGCAUUAUUAACCACUCAGGAAGCAGCUACCGCAACUGGCGUGCUGGAGACAACUUCCAGUAUGUUAUAGGACAGAACUGGUUUGACGUGUUGCAGGUAAACGACACCAACGUAGUCGUGUCCUACUGCAGCAAUCCACAGCCUCUUCCCAAGGACAACCUCCAGCAACUGAUGGACGGUCCUGCUAAGAAAGGAGAUGCCAAAGCUGUGGUGGAGAAUCUGGAGAAGCAGCUGUCUGGUUUUAUGGUCCAUGCUGUCAGCCGUCAUAAACAGAGCUUCGCAGCUUGGAACUUCCCAGAAGACUGCCAUUAUUGGGAGAGACAUAAGAAUGUAGCCCUCUGUGUGCAUUCAGAUUAGCAACAAGGUCAAAAGAUCAAAUGAGAUGGCUUAUUGGUUUGUAUUCCUUUUAAAUUGGAUACUUUUAAUCAUGUUUGUGAAAAACAAAGCAUUUAGCCAACAGAUAUUUAGCCUACCCUCUUUAUUUAACUUAUGUUCAUAAUGCUAAUCACUGUCUUGUCAGACCUUACUACCAAUACCAGGCCUUACUACUAAUACCAAAGUCAUAACCUACAUGUUUGUAAUUAACCACAGCAUGCACUUUGGCAUUAGUUUAGCCCCUUAUAAAUGCAAGAAGAAAUCUGUUUGUCUGCUAGCCUAAAUCUGUACUGAAAUGGCAUGCUAAUGCUACAUCUGAGAAUUGAGAGCACCGUGUAGCACAUUAACUUAAGGAACAGAAUUCAUGGUACUAGUAAAUCAUGAUAUAGUCACAAUUAAUCGCAUAUCUUGCCUUGUGCCACUACACAGGCCACCUAGUCUUAGCAACACUCUCUUUUUUGCACACUUUUCUGGCCACAAGCUUCAGCAUCUUGAAAUCAGCUCUCUGUACUCACAUAUAUAUUAAAGCUCUGGA